AUGAUUCAAACCCAAAGUACAGCGACCAAACGACACAACUCCAUCCAUAAAAACCUCUUUGAUCCAUCACUGUACCAAAUACCAGAACCUCCACGUGGUGUUUACCAACACCAGAAAAAAGAAUACGCUAGGGAAGCAUCUAGCAAUCACGUUUUGGGUCAAGAUUUUACCAGCAUAAAGGAAAAAUUUAUCCAGUUGUUUCCUCAUGGCAUACAAGGAUACUUGCCCGAUGUUGAUAUCAGGAUAAUUGUGAUAUGCUUUAUAUGGUACGUCACAUCUUCUGUUUCAAGCAACCUAUCCAAAACUAUUUUAAGAACUUUCAAUCAUCCAAUAGCACUCACCGAAUUACAAUUCCUUUUCAGUGCCAUUAUGUGUGUGGCAUUUGCUUCUAUCGUGAAUUUGUUUCGAACACCUCGAUUAAGGCAUACUGAGUUUUCAAAAGCAUUGAACAAUUUCCCUGAGGGAAUUCUUCCAGAAUACCUGAAUGGUGAUUUCCAGAAUUCUAUACUACGCAGGUUUCUCAUUCCUUCAAAACUAGUCUUUUUGACUACGUUUCCUAUGGGAAUAUUUCAAUUUAUUGGUCACAUUACGUCGCAUAAGGCAGUCUCGUUGAUACCAGUAUCAUUAGUACAUUCAGUAAAGGCACUAUCGCCGAUAAUGACCGUGGGAUACUAUAAAGUUUUUGAACAUCGCUACUACAAUCCCAUGACAUAUUAUACGCUAUUGCUUUUGGUUUUCGGCGUCAUGAUAACUUGCUGGUCAACCCACGGACGUAAGAGAGUCUCAGACAAAAACGGUAGCUUCAUAUUGAAUGGGUUAUUUUUCGCAUUUAUAUCCAUGGCGAUAUUUGUGUCACAGAAUAUCUUUGCUAAGAAUAUAUUGACCAUAAGGAGGAAGAUGACGCUUCUACCGUCUUCUUCGACUGAUGAUCUCACAUCGAACGAAAAACAGGUAGGUUCAAACAGAGUAAGAUAUUCACCACUACAAGUGGAUAAGAUAACCAUAUUAUUUUACUGCUCGUGCACAGGGUUUUUGUUGACGCUAGGACCUUUCUUGACGAACGAACUAGUUCAUGGUGGUUCUGUCAUCAACGACUUGACCAUGAAAACGGUGUGGCUUGUAGUGAUUCAUGGUAUAGCGCAUUUUUUUCAAGCCAUGCUUGCAUUUCAAUUGAUCGGAUCACUUUCUUCCGUCAAUUAUUCUGUAGCGAACAUCAUGAAGAGGAUCGUCGUCAUAUCCGUCGCAAUAUUUUGGGAGACAAAAGUGAAUUUCAUUCAGGUGUUUGGUGUGAUUUUAACAGUUGUUGGGUUGUACGGUUACGACAAAUGGGGGCUCUCCAAAAAGAAUGGACGCCAAGCAUAA